AGAGUGCUGGCGUUAAUUCUGUUUCUAUUCUAUUCGGUGUUAGCAGUUAGUGAAGAAAAAGAUUUAUUAGGUGAUGUGAUGAAUGCACUGUUUCGCGGUUUACAGUACAUGGAAGAUCACGUCUCAGAAAUAAAUUUAGAUGGAGCAUUUGGCUGCAGGCUUAUUGAGGAGCAACUUCGAGCUUUUCUAGACUUCAGUCCUAAAAUUUUUCGGAUCCAAGGUGAAUACUUUCGUUCUGAAGUAGAGCUGUUACAAAAGAAAGCCGAGGAUGUUGCUGAUAGAGCCGUUAAUCAUGUACGACUGAAUGAUCCUCAUUAUUAUUUUACUACAGGUGGACUGCUGAAGAAAAGUGAAAAACUCAUUUGGUACCAAAGCAGAAUUACCAAUUCUGCCCUAAAGGAGGAUCCAUUGCCUUGUAAUUCUUCGAUAUUUAAUGAAUCAGAAUCAGAUUUUUGUCUGAAAGAGGUGACUGAAUCUCGACCGUUUCACUGUAAAAUCAGCCCCAGAUGCCUACAUAUGAUGACAACACCUGGACAUAGCGGUUACUAUAUAACUCAUCAAGUACUGUAUCUGGAAAUAUUAGAAAAGAAAAACUGCUUAGAUAACAAGACAAUUCAACUGUUGGAACCUAUACAAACUAAAUUCUGCACCAACAUUAUGAGAGAUGCUGAGGAAAUUUCCAAGAAUAAUUUUCCAUUAAGUCAUCAAGACCUCUUUAUGGAACAAAUUGGUCUGUGCGGCCUGUGGGGAUUUAAAGACUUCUACAAACGAAAAUGGGUGGAAAAUAUUCUAGAGUGGCAGAGUCUUUCAGGCUGCUAUGAUCGUCAAGCUCGCUGGUUUUGUUCAGACAACCACACACAGACUAAAUUAAGAUUUAAAAGAAGGGAACAACUACUGAAAGAUGGUUGCUUCUCUCAUAAAACUGCAGUAGCACUACUUGCACUUAGUGUUAUCAUACGAUUUAAUGCAGAAGAAAUUUCAACCAUACAUGCAUAAACAAAAGCAUGGAACUAUUGCUCAUAUUUUAUGACUUGUUGCCUGUAUGUUUGUGAUCACUGAAGCUCUAAAAAUUAAUUCUGAAAUUAUGUCUGCAAUUAAAAAAUUUAAAGGAAUAAUAACUUUUUUCUUUGG